AAAACCGAUAUUGCUAACCUGGCGCAAACAGGGCUUUCUUUUUUCCCUCUCUGAAUCCUGCGCCGUGCUUUGGCUUGGCUUGGUUUGCUUGUUGUUGUUCUGUUUGCCCUCAAAGAAACUUAUUUUCGCCUUAUAGCUACUUCUUUGAUACUAAAAUGGGUGAAACAUUUGUGAUAAAAGCUCGAGGUUUGCCAUGGUCAGCUACAGCAGAAGAGGUGGUAAAGUUUUUUUCAGAUGUUGAUAUUAUAAACAGAGAGGAAGGUGUACAUUUUACAUACAACAACGAGGGAAGACCUUCUGGCGAAUGUUUUAUUGAAGUAACCUCCCCUAGUGAUGUUGAAAGAGCACUUGCACAUGACAACGAGCAUAUGGGAAGGAGAUACAUUGAAGUAAAAGAAGCAAAACACUCUGAGAUGGAGUGGGUUGUAAAUCGCAUGUCAAAUUCUGAUAGUGAAGUCACAUCAAGUGAUGGUGUCAUUAGACUGCGUGGCCUACCGUAUGGGUGUAGCAAACAAGACAUAGCAGAUUUUUUUGCAGGGUUGCAGAUUUGUCCUUACGGGAUAACCAUAACUAUGGACCAGGAUGGAAGGCCUUCGGGGGACGCUUACGUAGAGUUUGCUACACCAGAGGAUGCAGAGAAGGCUAUGGGAAAACAUAAAGAAAAAAUCGGGCACAGAUACAUAGAAGUGUUCCGAAGUUCUAAAUCAGAUAUAAAAUACGUAGUGGGCAGACCGAACAAUUUUAAACCGCAGUUAAAUUUAAGACCAAGUCCGUAUGACAGACCGCAGCACUUCGGCGGAGGUUCGAGGGCUCGAGGUCGAGGCGGAAUGGGCCUUGGUCCCAGUGGUUUCAGUUCAAGCAAUAAUUUCGGUUCGAAUUACGAUGGUGGUUCACGCAGUUCACGAGGUGGUAGGGGUGGACCCAUGCGUGGCGGUAGAUCGGGCGGGAUGGGCGGCAUGGGUAAGACAGACGUGAUUAACAGCAAAACCGGUCACAGCGUUCACAUGAGAGGUUUACCUUUCGAAGCGACCACCGCUGACGUGUUGAAAUUUUUUGCGCCCUUAAAUGUCGUGGAUGUCCGCAUACUCUACGAGCCGAGUGGUCGCGCGAAAGGAGAGUGUGACGUGGAUUUCGCUUCGCAUGAAGACGCAGAGAUGGCGAUGAAUAAGGAUAAACAGAAUAUGGGUCGUCGCUACAUCGAGUUGUUUUUGAAGUCCACGUUCAAUGGUAUGGGAGGCGGUGGCGGUGGCGGCGGCGGUUGGUCCAAUAAUAACAACGACAUGCAAAGAGGUGGAGCACCAAUGCCCUUAAUGGGUCGCAGAGGUAAUAUGGGAGGCGGUGGCUAUGGCGGUGGUUAUAACGCAGGUAGAAUGCAGGGCGGUGGAAGUAACGCAUAUUCCAGCCAACCGGAUAACUACGGUGGACAAAAUGAUGCAUAUGGAGGAAAUUACCAAUCUUUCAGUGAUAAUGUUAUGUACCCCAAUGUGCCAUCAGCUGGAGGAAACUUCUAUAACGUGUAAAUAAAAAAAUCGUUGUUUUAGAACAUAGACUCGAGUACCACUGGAGCAAAUUAGAAGUACAAUUCCGAUACGUCUGUGUAUAUAUUUAACGCUUUAAAACAGCAUUUGUAAGGGAGAUGUUUUUAGUUUAUGAAGGGGCGAAAUGUUCAUAUGUUGGGUUUGUUUAUCAA